CACAGGAUUGGGACUCAGGCGAUCUGGAUUCUAGUCCCCACUCAGCCACAGAACCAAUUGGGUGACUUUGGGCCAGUCACAGGCUCUCAGCCCAACCUACCUCACAGAGUUGUAAUGAGAAGACUGGUAGGUAGAAGAGAAUGAUGCAAGCAGCCUUGAGUUCCUUGGAAGGAAAAAAGGCGGGAUACAAUUAUCAUAAAUCAAUCAGUCUGUCUGCUUUGGUUGCUGUUGCAUCCAGUAACUCUAGAUGUUUCUUCCCCUUGACUUUCUUACGAAGAACGAAAUGGAAGAUGUGAGCUCCAAAAGAGUCAGCGAGUUCUUGCAGAAAUGUGUCAAGCUUGAGGAUCACGAAGGGGAUGCUCAGCCCAAAGAGGAGAUCAUAGAAGUACAAACUCUCCCUGUACUCACAUCUUCCUACCCUCAAACAGUUCAAGAAAUAUCGAUGGUUUUCAACACCUGCGCUAUGCCGGCCAACCUGGGCCCGUGCACCAGGAGGCGGCGCGAAAAGAGCAGUGGCCACGACGGAACAAGCACAUCCCUCUAUGUUGACCGUCGCAAGUCCAAGGUGUGGAACUACUACACCAAGCUGGGAGACGCCUACGUGGAGUGUAACGUUUGCAAGAAACAGCUCUCCUUCCAUAACAGCACCACCACCAUGAGGGAGCACUUGGUGAGGAAGCACAGCAUCCGUGACACCUUGCUGUCUCAGCUGAAGGAUGACCAGGUUUCAGACCCCGAUUACGUGGCUCAGGAGAACGUGAUAAAAAGGGCUCGCCAGAUGACGCCUGAAAACAACAGCCAGUACCACGCUGUGCCCUGCACAGAACCCAGGGCGGAUGUGAUUCUGGAGCUUGUGCUAGAAAUGAUUUUUCGGGACCUCCAUCCCCUCUCAGUAGUGAAGGACAAAGGUUUUGGCCUUCUAAUCGGCUACCUCGAACCGAGUUUUAUCCUCCCAUCCCCUGUGCAGCUCUCUAGCAUGCUGUGGCAUCGAUACAACGUUGUCAAGCAACAUUUGGAACACUACCUGCAAACGGCCCAGUCUAUAGUUGUCUGUGCUGAGUUUUGGCUGUCCCAGCCCAGCCAGACAUACCUGACAAUCAUGACUAACUUUAUCGAUGGGGAGUGGCGGCGGGCGAGAUGCAUCCUGGAGACGCAGCAGGUGCACGAGAACAAAGCAGAGAGCAGUUUGGGGGACAGGCUGUACUCGGUGCUGACAGACUUUGGGUUAUCCAACAAGUCUGUGUUCUGUGUGAUGCACGACAGCCUACAGGAUUUGGAGGCGAACUCGUCGCAGCUCAAGUGCAUCUACGGCUGGACUAGCCUGUGCUGCGCUGCCCACCUGCUGCACCUCUGCGUCAAAGCAGGCCUUGAGGUGGAACAAGUGCAGGAGGCCCUGGGCACUGCCCGUAGCAUCGUCUGCUACUUCCAGCAGGACGCGAAGGCCACCUGCUCCCUGAACAGCAAACUGGAAGCCAUCAACAAGACCAAACUGAAACUGGUGAUGGACACAGGUGCGCGGUGGAUCACGACUAUCGAGAUGUGCGAGUCCCUGCUGGACCUCAAGUGGGCCAUCAUGUCUGUGCUGGAGGAGCAUCCAAAGGGAGCGACGGUGGUCCAGAACUUGGCUGACCACCAGUGGAAGCUCUUGCAGGAUCUGGUGCCGGUUAUGAGGACACUUAAAAUUGCCACCUCGUUCCUGCGGGAGGAACAGAACUUUUCCAUCUCUUCCCUCAUGCCAUGCAUCCACGGUAUUGUCACUGCCAUUGGGCAGCAGGCAGAAGAAACAAGUGGCGUUAUCAAGACGGUAGUGAAUAACAUAAGGUCAGAGCUGACACAGCGCUGGGGUAUCUUGGAUGAAGAGAAAUUGUUAGAGAGCCCAGCAGUGGUCGCCUCGUUCUUAGACCCGCGUUUCAAGGAAAUGCGGUUCCUUAGCCCCAGCCUGCGGAGCGAGCUGCACAAAAAAAUCAAAAGCAUGCUGUCCCAGUUCUUUAACCACCAGUCCCCAGUGUCAACCCAGUUCUGGGUGCCAAACUCCGACUACAAAGCAGAGGUCGCUGAAACAGGCAGCCAGCUCUCUGCCCACAAGGAGAGGGGUUCAGGCGGCCAGUCCCAGAGUAUGUACGACAUCCUUUUGGGGAAGGACCCGACGGAGAGUAUGCCCGAGAUCCACCAGCAGCUAGAGAACUACAUUGUGGAGCCUCUGUGUAAGCGGAGCACCAACCCUCUGGACUGGUGGAAGAACAACGAACAUCGUUUCCCCUCCGUAGCCAGAUUAGCCCGGCAAUACCUUGCCAUACCGGCCACGGUUGUGCCCCCAGAGCAGGCCUUUGCUGCCAGUGAAAGUGCCCUGGAGCACCGGAGAGGGGUACUUGCUCCUGAAAACCUGGACCAAAUCCUUUUCUUGCACCAAAAUUUUGAUUUUUUAGAGUCUAUGAGAAACGGCAGUGAGAGUUUGAGUAAGACUGUGCACAACCAGUACUGAGAAGUUUAAUAGGGGAAGGACAGGAAGGCCAACCAAUGCCUAAGGGUGUGCCCAAUGCACCAGGAGAUAGAGGAGGGGGUUAUGACAUCUGGAAAGGGUGAAUUGACCUUCAGGUCAUUUUACUCCAGGUUAGAGUUUGACCUUGCCUGGUAAUUUAAAACCAGUUUAUCUAAGCUUACCUGUAUUUUUUUUGCUGUAGUGGCUGGCCAUCCCUUAAAUAUGGCUCAUUUUUUUUCUUUAACAAGGUGCUCUUACUGCACCAGAAUUAGAAGAUCAAGGGCCACCCUGUGUGUGAGAGCGUGUGUCUGUGCUUUGGUUCACCUUCAGAUUCCUGUGAGGCUCCUCCAAUGAGGCGCCUGCAGCUUGGAACCCUGUGUCACCUGGAAUGACCUGCUGAACACUGGCUCACCAUUUGCUAGGCCAGGAAUGGGCAUCUUGUGGUGCUGGAGAUGCUGCCAUCCACCCUAGCUGAUGGUCAACGGUGACAUGAAUUGCAGAUCAGCAGUAUCUGGAAGCCCCACAAUUUGCUCAGGCGUUUUAGUCCAGGUAAUGCUAGGGAAAGCACUACCAUCACACACCCAGUCCAUCUUUGGGCGAGUUCACAUGCCGGAUCAAAUCCCCUGGCGAUCAGUCAGUGGGUUGGUUUAUAACCAAAGCUCCCACAGUGCAGCUGACGAGUCUUCCUGUGGGCCGUUUCCCUACUCCUUUCCCCUUGGUCCUCCCCUGGGUAUUCUCCAAGGACUCAACAGGACUGAUUUGAUAUUUUUCCCCACUCCAGUGUGACCCUUCUCAUUCACUGCGAGUCCCCCACCCCCAAGAGCUUACAGUCUUUGGCUUGACAGUUCUCACAAUCACGAUUUUGUGAGCCCCUUCAGAGCGCCCCUCCUCAUCACUGUCUUUGUGGGCAAACACUACAAAUGUAUCCAACCCCCUUGGCUUGGACCACUUCUGUGCUGCUUUUUGCCACGUCACCAAGCUCAAGAGACUCGUCUUUACACAUGAAGAAAAUAACCAUGUGUCUCAGUCAUAAUCAAUGCUGUUUAUUACAUAGGAAGUCCAGCAGGAUACUUUAAACUUUAGGCCACUGGGGGUAAACCAAAUCCUGUGAAGUUAACAUGAGCCACACCUCGAUUUGAGGGUGAGCAGAACAUUAAGAGCUGCUAGAAAAAUUAAGGUUCUUGUUUUCUUCUCUUAGUUGGCACAUUUGAAAAUUUGAUUAAUGCACCCAAAUUUGGAUUAAUGCAAGUACGUAGGGUGACAGUUAAAAAUAAAUGUGCUCUUAAGGAAACCACACUAUCAUAAAUAAAACAAAAGCCAGAGUUAUUACCUAUUUAAUUUAAGAUUACUGAGUUUUGCUCUAGUGACUCCACUGCGCAAGAGCUGAAGACUAAGGGGUUUUUUUCUGUAUUAAAAACAGACCCGUUAUUUUGUUGUUUAUUGGUUGCACUAGAUGUUUAAACGCUUCAAUCCUCAAAGCUGCUUUCUAAUGACUUUAGCAACAAAGAAAGAGUGAAUAUCAUAAGGUAGACAAUUUAUAUAGUAAGGCAAAAAAGUGGAUUUUAAGGUUGAUAGACCUUGUUUUGCAAAUAGCUGCAUAAGUUCUCAUUUACAUGGAAAAAUGCCAAUAAUGUACCAAUUCCUGGUAAGCAUGUAUGUAUUUAACUUGCCCCAUAGCAUUUUGGAAGUUUUAUGAAAAAGCAUUUCUGGUGAAGACAAGUGGGGACUAAGAGCUGGGUGGAAGCGGUGCACAGCUCAACAGAUUUAGCACAAAUGCACAGAACCAUGUGAGACAAACCUGUGAACAUAUGAGGAUGCAAAACAGUUGUCUGAGGAGGCUGCCUGGUGAUAAGUAUGACAAAUGACCAAUCAUUGUUAAGAGAAUAGACCAUGGUUUAUAGCAUGUUAAGUGAAAGAGCCCCUGGAGAAAUAUGGACUCCACCACCAUCAAUGGGAAAAGAUUUAAGAGUUAUGACAAGCACUCAGCAAGCUCUUGAGAUGCACUGGCAGCAAAACUGCAGGCCAUACGGGUGGAGGAAGUUACGUGUUCGACUCUGCUACCUGCCACCCCAGGAAUUUCCUAUACCUACAAAGCAAUUGUUUAAAGAAAAACAUACAAAUCUGCAGUCAGAAGGGUAGUAGUUCUGCAUUACCAGAUCUUAAGUGCCUCAUUUUUAAUUUCCAGUACCCUACUGGGUUUAAACACUACAUGCUUGAAUUACCAAGUGGUUUCUUCAGGAAGAAGAAAUACAUUAGUUUACCUUUGAAGCCAUUCUGGAGCAGGUGCAGUAUGGCAAAUAGGGGAUACUCCAUUAACCUGUAUCCCCAAAAGUGAAGACAGUUUAAAGAUUGGGGUUUUUUCUAUCAAGACCGCAUUUUUCACUUAACUGAAAUUAUCCUGUUUUCAAGAUUUUCAAGAUCUGCCAUGUGUUUCUUAAGCAAAACUGAUAAAUGGAGAAAUGACAAACCAAACAGAAAUGAGGGAAAAUCCAUUAACAACCCAGGCUGUAACUGAUUACGUACGCAAGUGUCGCCUUCAACUAAGUUGUGCAAGAUUUACAAACAUUUGUCAAAACUGCCUGGAGAGGAUUCUGGUUUGAUAUAGGCAGCCUGGUGAGUUGCUAUUUAAGAG